AAACCUGGCUAGAUAGUACCAGUUCAAGCAAAACAAACAAUAUAAAUUGUCUGAUCUCUCUUUCAUACAAUAAUAGUAACUAACUGAAAAUCAAACAAUGGAGCCAAAACUGGUUUUAUUUGUGUUUCUGCUAAUCUCUGCAGCGGCUACCUGUGAAUACAUUAGGCCUCCACCUCGAAAGACCCUUCAUUUUCCUUGGAAUUCAAAGUUGUCUUCUCAUCCCCAACAGGUGCACAUCUCUUUGGCUGGAGACAAGCACAUGCGAGUCUCAUGGGUCUCCAAUGAUAAAUCUACCCUACCCAUGGUUGAAUAUGGAACUUCUCCUGGAAGAUACAGCAAUAAGUCUCAAGGAGAGAGCACUUCAUAUAGUUAUCUAUUUUAUAGCUCUGGAAAGAUACACCACACAGUCAUUGGGCCGCUGGAAGAUAACACGGUUUAUUACUAUCGAUGUGGUGGAGGAGGUCCUGAGUACAAGCUCAAGACUCCUCCAGCUCAGUUCCCUGUUAUGUUUGCUGUGGCAGGAGAUUUAGGCCAAACUGGAUGGACUAAAUCGACACUAGAUCAUAUUGACCUAUGCAAAUAUGAUGUGCAUCUGCUUCCUGGAGACCUUUCAUAUGCUGAUUACAUACAGCACCGCUGGGACACAUUUGGCGAGCUGGUUGAGCCACUUGCCAGUGCAAGACCAUGGAUGGUAACACAGGGGAAUCAUGAAAAGGAAAGCAUUAUGUUCUUUAAGGAUGGUUUUCAAUCCUACAAUUCUAGAUGGAAGAUGCCAUAUGAGGAGAGUGGAUCAAGUUCAAAUCUUUAUUAUUCUUUUGAAGUUGCAGGGGCUCACAUUAUUAUGCUUGGCUCAUAUACAGAUUACGAUGAGCACUCGGAUCAAUAUAACUGGCUCAAGGCUGAUGUUGCAAAGGUGGAUCGAAAGAAGACACCUUGGCUGAUCGUACUAUUCCAUGUCCCAUGGUAUAAUAGCAACGAGGCUCAUCAAGAUGAAGGGGACAGAAUGCUGGCAGCUAUGGAGCCAUUACUUCACGCUGCUAGUGUGGAUAUUGUGCUAGCUGGCCAUGUGCAUGCUUAUGAACGCACGGAACGUGUGAACAAAGGAAAAUUGGAUCCAUGUGGUGCUGUCCAUAUUACGAUCGGAGAUGGAGGAAACAGAGAAGGUUUAGCGAGCACAUACAAAAACCCACAACCAGCUUGGUCAGUCUUCCGUGAAGCAAGUUUUGGCCAUGGCGAGCUCAAAUUAGCGAAUUCAACUCAUGCCUACUGGAGUUGGCACAGGAACGAUGACGAUGAGUCUGUUAGAUCAGAUCAGGUCUGGAUAACUUCAUUGGAGAAUUCUGGAUGCAUCGCUGAAAAGAAACAUGAACUGAUGAAGAUUCUCUCAGGACCUUAAUGCUCAAACUUUUGGUUCCUGUCACCCUAAAAUGGGAUGAAACUUUACUCGAGCGAGGUCAAAGUAAAUAGUCGUGAUACACAGUCUACCAUGCCUAUCUCAGUCAAGUAGAUAAAAUGAAGCCAUCACCUCUUGUCUGGGGUAUAGAAUAUAGUAACUUCACUAGCUGCUGUUGUAUUUCACUUGUUUCUUAUGAAGGAUAAUUUCAAGCCGUUCACCUAA